UGCCUGAAGGACCAUUUCACUAAAACAAUCAAUAUCAUUUAAUGCCUGCUGGGCUACAUUUUCCACCCAUGUGAUUUUGUGAAACCUUCCUUACGUCAGUAGACAUCAGUACGCUACUCAUAUUGAGAUAUCCCAGGCAAGGUUAAACAUAGUUGGUUUCAACUGGCAUUACAGUGAGUUUGAGAAACAAUGAGCAUUCAGAGAGAGGGAAGAAGAACCAGACUGCCAGAAACUAGAACAUCUUGGGAGGACAAAGGUACUUCUGAAGUAGCAGCUGGAAAACUGGAGGUUAUGGAGAAGUUCUUCACACCACUGCCCCAUUCUAGCAGCCAGAGACCAUCCAAGAGCAGUUCAAAAGGAAAAUCUAGCUGGGAGGGGACCAGGAACCAUUACUAUAAAGAAUCUAUGUCUUCUUCCUCACCUUCUUCCUCUUCAAGCCAAUGGUCAUCAGAAUCCAAUUUCAGAGUCCAUGGACAGUUUCAAGGAUACAACUCUCGUGCUUCCCAUUCACGUUCCUGUAACGACAUAUCGCUGGGAAAGGGGAGAGGAAAUGAGGACAAAAGGAAUUUUGUUUCUAAACAAGAUGCUAAAAAAUCUGUCCAACAAGAAAUAGAUCGUUUGUCUCCAGUAAGAAGUAAAACAAGAUCAGCUAAAAAGAGCCAUUCAGGAGAUUCAAAGGAGGCAGGUCUCAACAGGAGUGGAAGAGAGGAUAAAAAAGGUUUAAAAAAUGGUGGUCGAAGAGCUAAAUCAAUGGAGGCACUGGUGGAAAAGGAAGCCAGGAAGAAAGAAGGUCAAGGAAAAAAGAGAGUCCCUGUAGAGAAGCAGAGAUUUUCUCGCUUUCUAGAUGAAAUAACUGUCCAGGUAUUAAGCCCAUCAAGCCUGAACUCUUUAGGCAUGAAAGAAAGGCAGAAUCUAGGCAAUCGUGACCAGUGGAAGAACUCAAGUACUGACAGCUUGGGUUCCAGAGGUAAAAGAAGCCAACACAAUUCUGUAACAGAACUUCAGGAAGGGAGAAAGAAAGGCAAAGGAAAAAUAGGGUCUGCUACAAAAGCAAAAGUGAGUGCGGAUCCCCCUGAGCCCUGGAGGAGGAGAGAUAAGAGUACCAGUCCGGACUCUGUGACCUCCUCCACGCGACGCAGAUGUGAAAGAGAGGAUGCAAACCUAAGUGCUUCAAACACGGGUCACCAACCAAGAAGAACAAGCCGGAGGCUGUCACAGGAAAAUGUUGGAAAGCCACUGGAUCACAAAGAAAGGGAUAACAAAGAUGGUGGCUUAAGUGGAGCACCAAAAGGAAAGGCUCAAUACAAUGACAAAGCACAAAACAGCAAUCUUAAUAUGGAAUCUACUACAAAAGUGCCUAUUAUAUCCCCACCAGCCUGGUGGGGAGACUCUGGGAGCCCAGCAGCAUCUCAGCACUCAGACAAAACCACAGAGAACCACGAAGACCAAUCAAGAAGGAUCAAAGAUAAAUGUCCUGGCACUCAGCCAUCCAAUCAGAGCCAAGAAGCUAAUCUCAACUCCUCUACUCUGCGUGAGAAUUUGGAGCAAGAUAAAGACUCCUUGAACCAGAAGAUCACUGAACUCCUUGACCAUCUUGUACGGGCACAAAGUACCAUCUGUGCUCUGGAGAAACUCAAUGUAGCCUCCCUUCUUCGAUAUUUACCUGCUGAUGUGUUGGAUUCAGUGAAGGUUCUCCACCAAGGUCUUGAUGGCAGCAUACAAACAGAAGGCAUUAAAUGCCCAUCAUCAUCAUCACAUGCCAUCACUUCACAGAUGAGUAAUUUAGCCAUCAGUAGUGGCAAUCUGAAAAAUACUAAUGAAGAGAAUACAGCGGAGUCUCAAUCUGCACCAAGCGCGACUACUUUUAGCCCUUGGAGUCCUAGAAGGCAAAAGUCAAUUUCUGCGCUUCACACACUGUACACCUCCACUGAGAGUGAUUGCAGCUUGGAGGAUACCCCACCCACCUGCAAACUCCUAUCUCCUCGCUUUCCUAACCUUAGGGAGAGCUUUUCUGACGAUCGGAAAGAUGAUCACUUGACUGAUGGCUGUGAUUCCAGAACAGAACAAAAACAUACAGGAACGUCAAAGCCUCCAUUACCCAUACCUAGUCUCCUGCCUGCACAUCGAAACCCUCAACGUAACCAUCAUUCCAGGACCAGCAGUACUGAAAGCUCUGGAGAUGAUCCCAUGAUAAGCUGGACAGAUGCACCUUCAUAUGAACCACCACUGGAUUACAACUCUGCCCAAAACAUUUUAGAUACCCUUUUGGGGUUGAGAGAUUCUGACACAAAUAUUGCUAAACCUGAAAUUGCUGGUGGCUUUUCCUCUGUUGACGCUACGAAGAUUGAUGGGCAAUUUAUAAGAAGUGAAAAUAAGUAUUUAGAGAAUCCAAAAAGUGUUGCACCAAGAAUUGAAACAAAACAUAUGUCUUAUUCAGGAGUAAACAAAGAUUGUCUACACAUUUCUGGUAAAUGUUCUCAAAAUGAUAGCAUACUUUUCAGCACCCACAGUCCUAUGCCCAGCCCUGUUAGUGGAGACAGCAAAUUACCACCACUACCAACCAAAAGAACUUCAGUUCCAGGAAGUUUUGACAAUGCUUGUCCAGCCCUGAGCCCUGUAGGAGAAGUUGGUUUUCGUCCAGUAGGAAAAAAUGAGGGUUUGAUCCAUCAUAAAUCAGACUUUCUUAUACCAACAUGCUAUUUGUCCUCAUCCAUGCAAUCUACAGAUCCUAUCAUUCAACAUCUUGAUUCAUUUAUGCUCAGGAGCACAUCAGGAACCGAGUUGGCUAUGGGGAACUGGGAAACUAGCCAGAGUCUACAGCAGGAAGGGCAGAGGGAAAGGAAGCCUAGAAAAGAGAGAACGGUGACUUUCAGCGCAAUUAAUGAUGGUCAGUCAAAGCAAAGUCUAGUGACAGCGAGAUCAAAGUUCAUGUCCAGCAAGAUUGCAGAUCAAGGGCAAGAAGACAGUACAUCAAUGGACUCGACCCUACUUUGAGGAGUUCGACUAAAUCAAUAAAUGGAUAUUCGCAAGAUUGUUUUGAUCAUAAAGUUGGUGAUAGAAACAAGAAAUAAUGAAUGCUUUAAAAUAGAACUAUAGGCAAAACUUUUUUUUAUUUUUCCAUUUUGGAUAGAGCAAGCGGGGAUUAUUUUUCACCAUUGUUGUCCAAUUGCGGAAAUUUUCCUUCACUUCCUGUCCCAUAGCCAAACAGAAAGUGAGAGGAAAUCCCUGCAAACUAAAAGGUAAU